CCCACUGCCCAGAGAUGCCAGGAAUUUGGCAAAGGUGAGGUCGUAAGGAGUUCGAAUGGAGACCGCUCAUUCCAGCAUGUGAUAAAUGAGACGACCAAAGAGAUGGUAGCGCGCUCCUGUGCCACACUCAUCACACACCCUUUCCAUGUGAUCACUUUGAGAUGCAUGGUGCAGUUCAUUGGCAGGGAAACAAAAUACUGUGGGAUUAUAGAUUCUGUUUUCACAAUCUACAAAGAAGAGGGGAUUCUGGGAUUCUUUGCUGGGCUCAUCCCCCGUCUCCUUGGCGAUGUGCUGUCGCUAUGGAUCUGUAACAUGCUGGCCCACCUGAUUAACACCUAUGCCAUUGAUGAUUCGGUGAGAGAGCUUCUCUCCUGUGCUGUUAAGGGGGUUUCAGGGUCUAUCGUCAUCUGUGUCGAGUGCAGAUCACGGUGCCAUGCCUCUACCCUGACAUUAGGGGUGUAACGAUACACCAAAGGCACGAUUCGGUUCGGUUCACGGUUUUGGAGCCUCGGUUCGAUUCGGUUCGGUUCACGGUUUUGGAGCCUCGGUUCGGUUCGGUUCGGUUCAUGGUUUUGGCG